GGGUGAGACAAAUUUUUUUUAAAGAAUAUUUUAUCAAAUUGCAGCCUCAUUUUGUAUGUUUAUUUUUCAGGGUCGGAAACCAUAAUAUCCAAUCAUUUUUAUCUGUUCUCUGAUUUUCAAACAAAGAAAAUUGCUGCUCGAUCACUUCACCUCCAUAGACGAACACCAAGAUCUUUCAUUUACCUUCUUUAAUCUUUACCAUCAUUAAGCUUCGGCAUGCCAGCACUAGUACAGUUCUCCACCAGCUUCUCACCCUUCCUACCUCUCCACAGACACACAAAUAGUUCUACCAAGAACUUUAUCAAAUCCGCAAAGCCCAUCAAUUAUUACACUAACUCAAGAGCAAAGCCUGAAUCUUUACGCAAAUACAGGUUCUGGGCAGCUGCUUGGAGGGAUAAAUUGUCAUUUUCAGGAUUGGGCAGGGGCAAAAAUGGGAUUAUUUUGAGUAGGGGUAGGAGGGUUGUGUUAGUGAAAUCAAAUAAUGGGCUCAAGGGUUUUCGCGGCGGCGGCGGCGGUGGUGGUCGGAAAAUUGACGGUGAAACUGUAAGGGUAUUGGGAAAUCUAGCUUUGGCAAUUUUCUUGACUUAUCUCACUAUGAAUGGGCAGUUGGGUUGGCUUCUUGAUGCUGUUGUUUCCAUUUGGUCUCAGCUUAUUGCAGUGCUUGUGCCAAUUGUCGGAAUAGGAGCUUUGCUUUGGUGGACGAGUCGAGUUAUAGUCCACAGCAACUGCCCGAACUGCGGAAAUGAAUUUCAAGUUUUCAAAUCUUUGAAUGAUGAGGUCAAAUUGUGCCCAUUCUGUAGUCAGCCCUUCUCAGUGGAGGGUGAUAAGUUUGUGCGGGACCCAGUGACAUUUUCCAACGAAUCAACGAUGUUUGAUCAAGUUUUCAACGAAUUCUCUCCUCGAACAAAGAAAGGCAGAAAAUCGUCUGGUUCUGUAGUGGAUGUCGAAGCAGAAAUAAGAGAUGCAGAUUGAAAGCAGCUUUUCAUGGUAAAUUGCAAGUUACGUGUGUGUGUGUGUGUGUAUACGAAAGUAGCAUUUUUGUUGUUCGGCUUAGACAAUCGACUUUGUUAGGAAUGAUUCGAAGAUACUGUGCCAUUAUUGUAUAUAGUUCAGGAAUUAUCUUGCAGGGGUUCAGCUACAUAGAUUUGUGAGGGUAUAGUGGAAACCAUGAACACUCAGAUAAUCGGUUGCUCUAUUGUUCUAUAUCUAAUGACCUUCUGUAAAAAUCUUUAAUUUAUUGUCUAAUUUAUACUCCUUUAUUCAAAAGAAAGACAAUGUCAGUGGAU